AUGAAAUAUCUCUGUGAAGUUCUUCUUUUCUGUUUUUUCCUGACGGCACUUUCGAACGCGACGAAACUGUCGUCUAAACCAGCAAGAACCGAUAACGAUACGAAACAUCGCCCACAUUGUAGUAUCAAUAACAACUAUUUCUACGCUGGUCAGAACUCCAGGAAAAUAGAAAAUAUGUUUUCUGACAUUCAACAACAACUGACCAAACUUGAACAAGAAAUCCGAAACAUGAAGAACCAAACUUGUGAGAAGCAAGAUGGGAAAGGUUGGUGGGAAAAUGACUUUUAGAUUGAACGAAGACGAUUCAGUUGACUUGAUGCUCAUUCAGUUUCACUUUCUAUCUUUUUUAAAGCUGUUUAUAAGAACUGUGCCGAAGUUUAUAGGUCAGGCGACAAGAUCAGUGGUGUAUACAAAAUCGAUCCUGAUGGUUUAGGAGAAUUUGAAGUCUUCUGUGAUCAGAAAACAGCCGGUGGAGGAUGGACGGUGUUUCAAAAGAGAUACAACGGUGCAGUAGAUUUUUUCCGCGCUUGGGACGACUACAAACGGGGCUUCGGCAAUCUGAACGGCGAGUUUUGGCUCGGACUGGACAAAAUGCACCGCCUGACUGCGAGCAGCCGCAACAAGCUUCGUGUUGACUUGGAAGAUAUCCACGGUAACACAGCGUUUGCAGAGUACGGUUCAUUUUCUGUGGCAAGCGAAAGGGUGAAAUACCUGCUGAGUUUGGGAGGUUAUUCAGGUGAAACUGAUUUAAUCUAAGAGUGGUGUUCGUAAGUAACGCUAUUCGAGUAAACUUCGUAGGUAGUAUUGAAAGCAGUUGGGCCGGUGUAAGAAUAAUUAUAUUGUCGGCAAUACUGAGGUGAAGAAGAAAAAGAGAAGAGUUAAAAGUAAAUUAUUUUACCAUAUUUUUCUUUAUUUCAAAUUGAUUUCUCCAAAUACAAUUAUAGCGAACACAUUUUUCGAAGACUUAUAGGUUAUUAAUGUUUAGGAAAUUUAUACUCAUUAUUCAAAAUGUUUCUUAAUGAAAAAGCAGUGAAAUAAAUCUUUCACUCUUUUAGGCACAUUAUCAUAAAAUUCUCACUGAAAUUCUUUUUUCCAGGCACGGCUGGUGAUUCUCUCAGCUAUCAUCGUGGCUCACCGUUCUCCACUAAAGAUCGAGAUAAUGACGCCUCCUCCUCAAGCAACUGUGCCUCUCGUCGUAAGGGCAGUUGGUGGUACAAGAAUUGCUAUUACUCAAACCUUAAUGGCCUUUACAUGAACGGCAAAGAUAACAACGCGGGAAUGGUGUGGUAUCACUGGAAAAAAAAUCAUAAAUCUGUUAAGAGGUCUGAGAUGAAAAUCCGUCCAAAGGACUUCUAAGGUUCAUCAUACUUUGUUAGUGUGAACCAAAAGAUGAAUAUGUGCUCAGCAGAUACAUAAGGUUUCAUGUGCUUUAGUUUUAAAAGUAAAGUUUUCAAACAAGUUAGAAGUGCAUGUAUUAUUAUUCAAAGUUAAAACCACUGACGAAGCCAUGAAAAUAAAAUACUUCUAUGAAAGAGAUGUAGAUGUAGCUUAGCUUGUGGUUCCAAUAAAGAUAAAACAAAGG